GUUGACAGUUGAGUUGACACUUGUGGACUUGCCUCAGCCUCGUAUAACUUUGAGCAACCAAAAUUGCUUAAUCAUCUUGACUUUUACAUAAGUAUGAAAUAACAAAAAAAAUAACCAAUCCUACAUUACAAUUUUCAUUCUCUCUUUAUCGACAUUACUCUUUUUGAACUCGCCUGCUUUGCUAAUAACUGCUACCUGUACCUGCUCGCUCUAGAUAUUAAAUAUCUAUGGUAGUAGCUACACACAAGUACAUUUCACAGCAGCAGCUGAUGCAAAUUGCACACACAAAAGAGAACAACGCAAAAUAUGGAAGGGUGAAGGUAUAAGUACUUUACUACUUACAUGUUACUUGAAGAGUUUUUUUCACGCACGAAUGGAAAAAUUAAUGCAUACUCAAUCGUCACUUUGUCAAUGGAAUAAGAGGUAGAAAAAAAUAGUUUUGCGUUGACGAUAGAAACAAGGUAAGUCAUAUAUAAUGUCAACAUUUCACUAAUACGCAACAGCCAUGGACGAAGAGUCGCUGGAUCCCACAAAAGUUAGACCUACCCUUGAAACCUACAAAAAGCUUUCAAAGGACGUAGCGAACCAUGACACAAUCCUGAAGGACAAAACGGUACUGUCGUACGUGGCCGUGGUUCUAGAGUACCCUGACGUGGAGAUCGUCGAACUAGGACUUGACAUCCUCGAGGCUUUUGUGAAAAACGUCGAAAAUUACGGACACAUAACCUCGACCUUUGGAGUCAGAGAAGCUCUCGAUGCUGUAGUGAACAAAUACGCGCAAGACGAUCCCAAGCUGGCCAAAAGGGCUGAGCAGGUGAAGAGCGAUAUCGAGAGCAUGAAACCCCCAAUCUACAAUUUACGCAGCCGCUGCCGCAGGGUCAUCGAACCUAAGAAGCUCAGGACGCAUGUUAUUGUGCUCCACGUCCAUGGCCUCCUGCCUGAAACUCGAACAGACCUGGAAUAUACUUUGAUAAGGAUCGAAGGUUUAAUAUCUUUGGUUGUUGAUGUGGAACAUCAGCGUGUUACAAUGAGAACCCUAGCCACUGUGACAGCCAAACAAAUUGCAGAAGCUAUUGAGGAUAAUAAUCCAACAAUGGAAGCUAGAUUAGUGACCCGGAAUAAGUAUAAUCAAGAAUUUUUAGUUAAAUUGUUAAACACAGAUCUAGGUGACUAUGAUGAUAUGCCAGAGUAUUUGCCAGAAGAUGAUGAAGAGCAAGAAGACGAGGAAGCUGGAAAAGAGGGUGUAAUAUCUUUAUUCACAGGCUUGCGGCAAAGUGCAUCAACACUCUAUAAAUCCACAGCCGAAUUCCUAAGUAAUUCCUUUUAUUGGUGAAACACCAAAGGAAACUUUUUUUCUGGCGCAUUUUAAGUAAUCGUUGACGAUUUGCGCAUUUAUCCCUUGAUGCAGAAAUUAAUAGUCACAAUUAUUGACUCGUAUUACUGUUACAAAAACCAGCUUUGCAAUUUUCAAAGCUUUGUUUUCAUCACACCACCAUUUAUCAUCAAUUUGUGUUGUCUGAUUCUUGAGACUUUAACAGCGAUACAUGUGUAACUCGAAUUUAUCUAAUGUUAUGACUUCCAAUGAGAUUAUCAAAUGUUAAGCUGAAAGUAAGUAAAUUACAUGCAUAUUCUUGUGAUUAAAAAAAUUUUUCUAGCAAAUCUUAUUCUAUAGUUGAGAGAUAAAUAUUCUUGAAAGCUAAUGGGCUUGAGCAUUUUGUUAUACUCAUCUAUCACAAGGCUGUGCAAAAAAAUGUUUAUCUAAAAUUAUAAAAAAAAGUUUAAUCACGGCGUCGUGUAAAAAGUGGUCAUAAUUUUUGUCUGUGGCACAAUACAUAAGCACUAUGUGAAAAGGUUGAAUUAUUGAAUUUUUGUUUGUUGAAAUGACUUAAAAUGCAAUCGAUCUUUAUUUUAUUGAAUUUUACAAAAAAAAAUAAAAUAAAAAUGUACAAACUUUACGCAUGUAUCCGUUAUUAUCCUACUAAAAAACAUUUUAUAUUUUCUGAUGAUUUGAUAGUUGAUGCAGGGUUAAAUAAAAAGCAUAAAGAUCAUUAUUAUUUUACACUUUUAUUAAAUUAAUUUUUUUCUGUAUAGUAGAUACACCUUGAACAAAGAAAAAUUGUGACAAAUUUCAGUAUUUCUAAGCACAUUUUGUGGCGUAUAAAUUUAUUGUCUAUAUUUACAAAAAAUCGUCGUUAAGGCAAUCUGAGUUUAUUUCAAGCAGGUACAACGAUGCCAGACUUUCUUUGUUUUUCUUUUUUUCACAUUUACGUAUGAAUUGUUCUAGAACUGUGUCGAUAUAACUAUACCAUUUCAUUGGAAUAAUUUAUGUUAAUACAUGCUUGAAAAGUGAGUAUCUAAGUAAUGUACUGAUUUUCAUAUAACAUAAUUUACCGUAUUAAAAUUUGUGUAAAACACACGUACAUAUUUUGAA